AGGCGGGGAGAGCCGUUACUACCGGGCGCGAACGGCUCCCGGCGGGCGCCAUGUUUUGCAGCGAGAGUGGCCGUGGGGAGGCGUAGUGCCAGUUAUCGUGAGAUUUUUCAGUGAUGUGAAGGAGAAGUGGUGUUGGUUUAUUAUAAAAGCAAGUUAUUUGGUGUGCGUCAUCUUUUGAAAUUACUAAAAGACAAUGUCUCAGAUGGAGGGCGGCGGCACCCUGGAGGAGUGGGUUCAGUGGCUGGCGGAGGCCAUCACAAAAAUCAAAUACCAAAAACAGAGGCCCAGCGAGGACCGCAUCUGCAACGCAGUGAGACAUCUGCAUAGCUGUAAUAAUGAUCAGGUGCUCUCCAAUCUGGAGCGAGCCAUUCAAGGCGGCUACAUCCAGCGCGUCUACAACAAGAACGUCGUGUCGUAUAAGGUGCCGAACGUUCCGCCGAGACCGACAAGAGUAGUCAUCAGCAAGGGCACCGACCUUACCAAGAUCAUCGUGAAGAGCGUCAAGGAUCUGGUGGAAGCGACGGUGAAGGAUAUUGAGGAGUACAUCCUGCAAGCGCAUAAUAUUGAAGUGACGGAAGGUGCUGAUCUCAAUACGACACUCAAGGUAUCUCUACGGCGCGCCAUCGCCAACGGGCACGUCCUCCAGGAGAGCGGCCCGGGCGGCGACCUCUACCGGCUGCCACAGGAGUCGCUGGCAGUGGCCGCCCUACUUCACCCCCCAGAGCACCGGCCCAGUCGCGCCAAACCGCGGCACCCGCCCACCACGCCUGUGUCAGGACCUGCGGUAGCGGCGGCGGCGGCGACUACCGCUACGCCGGUGGCUACUGCGGCGGCGGGGGUGACCACGCCCAAGAAGAGGCGCGCGGAGCGGGCUGAGACGCCCGUCACACCGCCCAAACAGGCUCCCUCACACAUGAACGUCUGCACCGAGUGUCUGGGCACGGCCAGUCGGAGUCCGUCGGGCGGCUCCGAGCCGUUCGUCCACUGUGGACGCUGCCGGGCGGCCGCCCACCCCGGCUGCCUGAGGCCGGCGGCGAGGGCGCUGUACACACGCACUCAGCGCUGGACGUGUGACGAGUGUCAGAGCUGUGAGCUGUGCCAGCAGCCAGCCGAUCAGCCGGAGCUGGUGGCCAGCUGCAGUCAGUGCUGGCGGGUCUACCACCGCGUCUGUGUGGAGGGCCGUACCCCUGCCGGUUGGCUGUGUCCCAUCUGCCGCCAUCCGUCCGCCGUGUCACCCGGUGGGACGUUCACCGGUGUGACCAGGAAACGGGCCCGGUCCACCAGCGGCGGCAGCCGACCGAGGAAGCGCGUGAAGCCUCCUCGUCGCCGCAGCAGCGUCGACUCGGGCGGUGACGAGGCCAGUUCCUCCGGCUCCUCCUCUGACGAGGACGAGAGGACGCCCGCCGCGCGCGGCCCUCAGCGCCGCCGUGAGGACUCUGCCGGCUCCAGUGACGGAGAGGAAGCGGGCGCUACCUCGGCCCGUCGCCGACCGGCGGGGUCUGUGACGGUUACCCUACCGCCGGCCGGAGCGGCCGCCCCGGGUGAGGAGCAGAGCUCGAGCGGUAUGUCGUCAGCGAGUUCACGCAGCAGCGCGGCGGGCGCCGGAGGGCAGCUCCGGGGGUUAUUUGACGGACUGAGUCAUCUGUUCACAACGGGAGGAAGACGGGAAAGACCCGGCGGACGUCAGAGGCGACCCACUGGAGAGGCGGGGUCUGAGGGACGCAGACCCUCAGAGGGAGCCACCAGCCCCUGCGGCCGCUCGCCCAGCUGGGAGACAGGCUCUCCUGGCCCUGUCCCCCCUCCUCCCCCGCCCGCGCCGACUGUGGGUCACCCUCCGACGCCGGCUCGGCCCUUGUCUGUGUCGGUACCGGCCGGCAGUCCGCCGCCCGAGGGGGGAGCCGCUGCUGAGCUGAGCUCCCCGCCGCUGCCCGGAGAGCCGCACCUGCUCGUGGCGCCGACCGUGGAUGGUCGUCCGCCCAGUGAGGCGGCCCUGCGCUCCCAGGCCAAACUACCGCCCGGUGUCACCGAGAGGGAUGUGCUCUGCUUCCGACGGGCCAAGGCUAAGGUCAACGAGGUCACUGGCGUCGUCACCCCCGGAGACUCGACACCCGGUCACCCACCACCACCGGCUCACCCCACGGCGAGCCACCCGACGGCGGCGGCGGCCGAGCGCUGGCCGGCGGCGAUACAGUUUGGGAGACAUCGGAUCAGCACCUGGUACUCGGCGCCAUACCCGCAGGAGUAUGCCAGACUACCGAAGCUCUACCUGUGCGAGUUCUGUCUCAAGUACAUGAAGUCGAACGGCUGCAGAAAGCGGCACGCCGGAAAGUGCGCCUGGCGACAUCCGCCCGGAACGGAAAUCUACCGGUCCGGGGGACUGUCGGUGUUUGAGGUGGACGGUAACGUGAACCGCAUCUACUGUCAGAACCUCUGUCUGCUGGCCAAACUGUUCCUCGACCACAAGACGCUCUACUAUGAUGUCGAGCCGUUCCUCUUCUACGUACUCACCAAAAACGACGAGAAGGGCUGCCACCUGGUCGGGUACUUUUCCAAAGAGAAGCACUGCUCGCAAAAGUACAACGUGUCGUGCAUCAUGACGAUGCCUCACUACCAGCGACAGGGCUUCGGAAGGUUCCUAAUCGACUUCAGUUACCUGCUGUCGCGCGCCGAGGGCCAGCCGGGCACUCCGGAGAAGCCUCUCUCGGACCUGGGCCGGGUCUCCUACCACGCGUACUGGCGCUCCGUGGUGCUCGACUAUCUCUACAAGCACCGCCCGGGCGGGGGCAGCAGCCCGCAGCGGCAGAAACGGCCCCUGGUGUCUGAACUGAUGCAUCAGACUGGAGUGCAUCCGCAGGAUAUACUGACGGCGCUGCAUCUGCUGCAUAUGGUGCGCAAGACGCCCGACGGCAGGUGCGUGCUGUGUAUCGACUGGCCGACCGUAGAGGCUCACGGCCGCCGGGUGGCAGCCAGCGCCACCCGACUGACGCUGGAUCCGGACGCACUGCGGUGGACGCCGCUGCUCUCCGGGCACGGACACCGCAGCCAUCAGGACGGCGACUCGUCGGAGGCCGAAUCCCGGCACUCGGUCAGCCCUCUCAAACUGCGCCGGCCCGAGCGUCCUCCGUCACCGCAGUACGCCCCCGCGGCGCCCGCACAGCCGGCGCCGCCGUCACCGCCCUUACAGCGACCGCUGAGCAGACCCCGCCAGGCUAAACUACAUGAGCUGAUGGCGUUUCGUAUGUCUCAGUCGGAUGGGAGAGCGAAAAGGCCGAGAGAGAGUGAGGAUGAGUCGGGAGGUGAGAGUGGGGAGGAGGAACAGAAGAGGGAGAAGGAGAAUAAGGCAGAGGCGAAGACAAAGACGGAGAGGUCAAAGGCGGACGCAGUUGGGAAAGCUGAGAAAGCUAAGGACGUAGGAACGAAGGCUGAAGCAAGAGGCAAGAGUGGAGUUUCAGCAAAGAAUGAGUCAAGAACGAAAGCUGACAAGGCUGAUGGGAGAGCCAAGGCUGAGCCCAGGGCCAAGUCAGCUGGAACUAAGCCUGAGCCGAGAGCUAAGGCGGAGCCAAGAGCCAAAGCUGAUACAAAAACGCAUUCGGAGUCGCGAGCGGAGACAAAACGGAAAUCAGAACUGAAAACUAAGUCUGGGAAGGCGAAGUCGUCGCGAACUGGCUCGGAAACCAAAGCUAGCAUUGAGACGAAAUCCAAACCAGAAGUGCGGACAAAGUCAGACGCCAAGUCCAAGUCUGAAUCAAAACUCAAGCACCACUCCAAAUCCAAAUCAGACUCUAAAUCCAAACUCGACUCGGCCCGAACCCCACGGACGCACCGGCGGGUGUCUCGGGACAGUGAGUCUCGUGUGCGUGACUCAUCUGAGUCCGACUCGGACUCUGAACGGGAGGAGCCGAAGGCCAGGCGGGCGGGUCGUCCGCGAAUUCGUCGCUCUGCCGAUCGGACUCCUGCCUCGGGUCAGGCAAAGGGUACCAGAGGGGCCGGCCGGGGUCGACGCGGUACACCCACCAGCAGCACGCGCUCUGUGACGCCGGUGGCGGCCGCGUCCGGCCGGAGGAGACGCCGCACCGUCUCCCAGCAGAGACUCGACGGAGACGGGGAGACGGAGAUCAACGGAUCACCGGCUCGGGCUCGCUCGCCGGAGCCGGAGCCGCCGGCCGCGUCCGCCAAGCCGGAGCCCCCCGCCGCCCCGAACGCCGAGACUGAGGCACCCCCGGUGAAGAAGAAGCGCGGCUGGCCCAAGGGAGUGCCGCGCGGUACCUCGUUCAGGAAGUGGGGAAGGCAGAAACAGGGACGGCCACGCCUGGCUAAGAAGCAAAAGCAGACAGUGGGAGCGGCCAAGAAGGCAGAGAAGGAAAAGGAGAAAGAAAAGGAAAAGGAGAAGGCGGCGUCGCGUGCCGGGACGGAGCCACCGGCCGCCGGCGGACGGACGCAGGACGGUGAGACCGCUGCUGAGCGGAGAGCCGCACGUGCAGCCGCCCGCCGGGAGCCGGAUCCGGAUCCGGAGCCGAAAUCCGAGCCUGAACCGGACACCAAGCCGGAUCCGGGGGCAGAGACUGAAUCCGAACCGAAAUCCGAACCAGUUCCGGAGCCAAAGACAAAGACGAAAUCCAAGGCGAAGCCUGACCCGGAGCCGGAGCCGGAAAUGAAGGAGGAAUCCGAGCCUGAAGCAGAAGCGGAAGCAGACCCGGAGCCGGAGGUUCUUCGGGAUGAGCCGGAGGCGGCACAGGACGAAUGCAACGUCAGCAACUCGAGUGAAGAGAGCAACACAUCAGUAGCUGCGGAGCCGGCCGGCGGGACUCCAGUGUCUGAACCAGAGUCUGAGCAGAGAGAGGAUCGGACUGAACUAUCGGAGACGGUUGGUGCGGGUCCUGAUAGCGAGGAACGGCCCGAGGCUAGUCCGAAGGAGGUUGAGAGGGAGGGAAGCUGCCCCAAGGCUGAGGAGCCGCGACCGUCCAGCCGCACUGGGUCCUCACCGGCUGAGAAAGAAGCUGUGGAGACCAACGGCUUGGACAGCUCCCGGGCGGAAUCAGGCAGUGAGGCAGCAAAGGAGGAGCGUCAGACCGACGGACCGACUGACGUGUCGAACCGACAGCCGUCUCCGUCAAUACAGACAGAGAAGUCACGAGACAGCCAGUCUCCACAGAGUCGGGAGGAAAAGAAGGUGGAAUCCAGUCCAGUUGGUACGCCCAGCCAGCCGGAGGCUAGCCCGGUAGAGAACAACCACAAGUCGGCGGCUAGUCCUAGCGAGGAGACGGUACAAAAACCUGCGACAAGUCCUAAGGAAGAGGCAGCUAGCAAGCCAGCAUCGCCAAGCCUUAAGCAAGAGGAAGCCAGCCAGCUGACUUCCAGUCCCAAGCAGGAGGCAAUUAACAAGCCAAUGCCCAGUCCCAAGCAAGAAGAAACUCAGAAGCCAGUGGCCAGUCCUAACAGGCAGCUAAUGAUUCAGCAAGCACCCAGCCCUAGACAGGAAGCAGCGAAUAAGCCGGUGACUAGUCCUAGCCAAGCACAACCAGCGCCCCAGCCAGCGCCUAGCAAAAGACAGGAGCCAGCAAAGAAGCAAGAGACGAGCCCCAGCCAGCAGCCGACGAAUCAACCGGCGCCUAGCCCUAAGCAGGAACCGGCGCAUAAGGUGCCUAGUCCCAACCAUCAGCCGACGCCUAGUCCUAGGCAGGAGGCAGCUUGCAAAACGGCGCCAAGCCCUAGGCAGGAGGUGGUACAGAAGACGGCGCCCAGCCCUAGCCAGCCACAGCCGACACAUCAGCCUGUGCCUAGCCCUAGCCACCAUCCAGUGCCUAGUCCGGCAGCAAUGCACCAGCCGGUCCCCAGUCCAAGCCAUCAGCCUGCUCCCAGUCCCAGCCAACAGCCAAUGCACCAGCCAGUGCCCAGUCCGAGUCACCGUCCGGCGCCCAGCCCUAGCCAACUACUGACGUAUCAUCCGACCCCCAGUCCUAGCCAGCAAAUGGCUCACCAUCCGGCCCCAAGUCCUAGUCAUGUCUCACAUCAGCCAGCGCCUAGCCCCAACCACCAGCCUCCCCACCAUCCUACGCCCAGUCCCAGCCAACAGUCCACGCCGCAGCCAACUCCGCAGCCGGCGCCCAGCCCUAGCCACCAGCCAAGCCACCACCCGGCGCCCAGCCCCAGCCAGCAGCUGGUGCACCACCCGGCGCCCAGCCCGGGUCAUGUGCCCCACCAGCUGGCACCGAGUCCCGGCCAGCAGCCGGCGCCCCAGCUGGCGCCCAGCCCCGGGCACCUACAGCAGCAGGUGCUGAGUCCUAGCCAGCACGCGCUGCAUUCCCCAGCGGCUGCGGCACGGGGGCUGCAGGCGUCCCCGGGCCUGGCGCCGACUUCUGCUCAACAACAACAACAACAGCAACAACAACAGCAGCAGCAGCUACAUCAGCAGCAGCAGCAGCAGCAGCGGGCGGCGGCCGUGGCGGUGUCGUCCGCUGCGGCGCACGUCCAGUCGUACUACCCGCAGUAUGGGUACAAUCAGCAGCUGCUGGCCGCUCCGCAACACGGCUGGCUGGCCGCACAGGGCGGCCACGGCGGCGCGGCACCGGCCGGCUACAGCCACCGUCUCCAGCACACCGGAGGGUGUUACUACGGGGGAGGGGGCGGCGGCGGGGGCGCGGCGGCCGCCGCAGCCGGCGCCACCGCCGCAGCAGCCGCCGCCGCCGCCAGCUCGUGUAGCAUCACCAAACUGCAGCAGCUUACCAAUACCAUCAUGGAUAUAGCGCCCGGUAACACCACCACUCCCCCGCCCGCCACGCCGCCUCCCGCCUCGGUGGGCAGCCACAGUAUGACUCCACCCCCUCCGCCGCCAAGACACGCCCACCUAGCCGCCUACUACGGCGCUAAACAACCCUCUGGUCACGAGCGACGGCGGCAGGCUCGCUCCUCUGGCUCAGGCGCGGCUCCGCCGGCUGCUGCUGCCCCGCCCCCGCAGCCGCCGCCGCCGCCACCGCCGGCCGCCGCGCCCGCCAUGCCGCCAGCAGCUAUGAUGCCGUACCUGUCGCAUCAUCAGAAUGGCUACCACAGGAUGUCGCCGCAGCAAAUGGCCCCGUACAUGGCGGGUGGUUUCAUGGGUGGUGGUAUGAUGGGCCAUAUGAUGGCGGCCGGCCACCAGGGUCAGUACGGUACCCCGCACCCCCAUCACCCGGCCGCUGCCGCCGCCCAACAGGAGGCCGCUCUGCAGAGAGCGGGUCACCAUCAGGGUAACAUGUACCCGUACGGCUACGGUCUGGUACAGCAGCUAAACGGAGCCGGGGCCAUGCGACGGUGACGGGACGCCCCGCCCCCGCCCCCGCCCCCGCCUCGGCCGGGUCCCAAACGGCCGUCAUUGUGAUAUAGACGCCGAGUUAUGCAAACGGAGCGCAAAGGAACGAUGUGGAGCGUCCGGUCCGGAACGAAAACGUGCCUGGAAAGGAACAGAACGAAAGGAAGUGCGGUGAAAUAGGUGCCGUCCGGAACGAAGCGAACCUACGAACGUACUUUACACCGGGACGGAACGGAAGAGCAAAGGACGACAUUGUGCCGAGAACGGAACGUACGGAGCACUUCCUCGUGCUCGUACCGUUUAGUUUGUUGAUGACGAUAAGGAGCAGUAUAUGGAGCAUAACUGUCCUUUCCGUGCCGGUAUAUGAGUUGAGUUCCGUAGGUUCGUUUCAAUAAUGUACUCUGUUCACUGUUCAGUGCCGUCUGGUUGGUCGAGUUCCGUACGAAAGGAUACGAUGCGUUACGGCCCGUACGGUGUUAUGAGGUGCAUACGGUCCGUAGAGUGCGUACAUUACGGCCCGUGGAGAUCCCGUACGGUACGGCGCGUGUCUUGUUCUGCUGUGCAUACGGUUGUGAGAGGGAUGGUUCGCUGUAGUGUGUUGUCUAGUAGGAAGACCAAAUAAACUCAUGUACUUGUUGAACGAUCACCUGGGCAAUAAAAUGUAUCUCAUGUCCGA